UGUUUGGCUCAGACUGGAUCUUCUAAAAACGCUGCACGUUUACAAUGCUACACUUCAGACUCAUCACCACACUGUUUCUGACAGCAACAUGUUCACUCAUGACAGCAGUGGUUUCCACAGAGAGAGUUGUCACCUGUGACAACCGCUUCAACAUCCAUCGCCUGAGCUGUGACAUUGGAGUGAUCAGUGUGCAGGCAGCACUGUAUGGACGUGCAGACAACGUGACCUGCAGUGAGGGCAGACCGGCAGAACAGCUUCAGAAUACACAGUGCUCUCAGGAUGGCACAAAGGAUAUCCUCAAGGAACGUUGUGAUGGCAAGAAGAUGUGUGAACUAAACAUGCAGCUUGUCCGUACCUCUGAACCCUGCUUUCACACCUACAAAUACCUGGAAACCAACUACACAUGCUUCCCAGCAAUUCACAUCAUUACAUGCGAGCAAUCUUUGGCACAUUUGUAUUGUGGUAAGAUUACAUUUCUUAUGUUUUGCUGUUACAUCAGGAAAAUCAAGUUUCUGUUGCAACAGAACUUCAAACUUGAAUAUAUUUUAAUACCUGCUCCUUGGUUGCCUGCUGCUUGACUACAUUCCCACUUUAUCUGCCUUGCCAUUUUGUCUGUCCAUCUUUAUCAGAUGUAGGGCAGGUUAUAUUUGUCCUUGGUGCUUACUAUGGACGUAGUGACCAGACCACAUGCUCUUACAAACGGGAUGCCAACCAGCUUGAGAAUGUCUACUGCUCACGAUCGACCCGAAUCAUAGUAGCUAACAGGUACAGUUUUGUUAAUACAUAUCAAGACUUCAAGAGACAAAUUGCUAAAACAGAUAUAAAGAAAUCUGCUUUACAAUGCAGCUUUAAAAGUGGUUAGUUGCAAUACACUUUCCACUCCUUUAAAUAAAAUA